AUGCCCUCCUGCACGGUGAAGUUCAUGACGCCUCUCCUCUUCGCGGGACGUGGCCUGUCCAACUUCUGGCGACGCUCCAAGCCGGUCUGUGGUGCCGUGCAUUCCAGCAUCAGCGCCAGCGCCGCCGGGCAUCAACCUUCGCCACAGCAGCCGCGGCCAGGGGCUGCAUGGCAGCGAUUUCCGGAGGUUGAUUUGGCGGUGAAUAACUUGGUGGACAACAGGCCAGCGGCCCGCAAGAGAUUGAGCAAGCGGCGCCCGCGCACCACCGGCUGCCCCCAAGCCACGCGCGCCACCUCCCUCUCGCGCGCCGCCGGGAGGUCCCCCACUUCCUCCGCGCGCCGCCGGGAGGGAUCCGACCUCCUCCUCGCACCGCCGGGAGGCCCCCCACCUCCUCCGCGCGCCGCCGGAGGGCCCCGACCUCCUCCUCGCGCCGCCGGGAGGUCCCCGACCUCCUCCGCGCGCCGCCGGGAGGGCCCCGACCUCCUCCUCGCGCCGCCGGGAGGCCCCCCACCUCCUGCCGCGCCGCUCCGCCCCGCCCCGCCCCGCCCCAUCUUCUACCUUGGUCGGUGCCUCACCUCCCCGCCCCACCUUCUUAUUUUGCCGGCGCUGGGAAGCCCCGCCCCAACUUCUUCCUUCGUCGCCGCCCCGUCUCCCCGCCCCACCUUCUUCCUGUUUAUCGGCGACAACUAG